AUGCUAUUUAGAUCUGCCUUUAGAUUUUGCUCUUUUAAUAAAGAUGUAUUCUAAAGACAGAAGCCACUCAUUCAGAUUGAUAAUAUCAUAAAAAUUCUUAGACCUUUUGAUAUUGAAAUAAACAUAGAAGAGAUGGUUGAGACAGUUAAGAUUGUCGGAAAAUAUGUAAUAUUAUAAUUUUACAUUCUUUUAGUCUAAACAUACUCUAUACAAAUUUCCUAUUCCUUCAUGUAUGAAUAUAUAAAUAUGAAGUUCUAUAAAGUAAUACCUUACAAAUAGAUCCAUAAUUCAUUUCAGAAACAUAAUAAAAAAUAAUGAAUAAUGUAAACAAAUAUAUACUAUCGAGAUACCAUCAAAUCCUAAAAAUUUAUCUAUUUUUUAUCGAAUGUACAGAUAUCCAAUGAGAAUGGCAUUACCUAAAACAGUGUUUUAAAUUUCUAAGAGUUUAGGAAAAUCAGCUUUAUCUGAGUAAGCAUUGAGAUUGGCUGCCUGUUUAGAGAAUAUUCAAAUAGCACUUAGUUUACAUAUGAUGAUAGAUCGUAAAAAUUGAAAUUUAAACAAUAUUAGGUUAUCACACUUAAAAACCCUCAAUCUUCAGUUUAGAAAGAAUAAUUUACAACAAAUUAUCAGAUAAAAAAUUAGUAUUAGGAGGAGAUUUCUUUCAUUCAAAAGCGUAUUGAUAUUCUAAAGAUUAAUUUAGAUCAGUUUUAAGUGCUAACAUAAUGAAAUAAGUGGAGGUUCCAUUAUUUUUGUCAAUGUUAGAAGAAGAGGCAGCAAAAGGAGUUUUUUAUGAGUAUGAUUUGUUUGAGAAAAUCAAAGAAAAGGGAUCAAGUAGUAUAGUACCAGAAGAAGUGUAUUAAUUAGCUUAUCAUUAAUGUGCAAGUAAAUUCGCUUUUACUACAAUGUAAAAAUAAUAUCAAAAUUAGUUUGACUUAUUGGGUGUAAAAUGGAGAUCUAAAUAAAUUAAAUGAUGCUUUUAAGGCAGGUGUUUAUUUAGGGUUGUGUAUUGAUUUUUAAAAUCAGAUGAAAUAUUUUGUAAGAAAUCUACCAACUAUGUCGAAUACAUUAUUAAAAGCUGUUGUGAAUAAUAAUGAAUGCAACUUUUAUUAAGAUAAAAUUGCGUAAACAAUUUCAUUAAAUUAUACAGAUUGCCAAUUUAUUAUAUGCAUCAGAAAUCUAAAGAAACAACAUCCUUGCAAUAAUUACAUGAUCAUGCUCUAAAAUAAUCUGAAAAAGUGAUAGAAAUUAUGAAAGAAAAGUCAAAAGAAUAUUUUAUUAAGUUAGGAGCAGAUUUUGAGGAUAUAUCUGAUCUUAUUGAGCAUUUUUGCAAAUAUGAAUGA